GUAUUUUACAUUAAAGAUACACUAGUGAGGAUGUACAACGAAUACCAUCAGAAGGCGUUGUUGCUGCUGAAAGACAUUAAAGAGGCUACAAAAGCUACAACCGAAAUCGAACAGAAGUGCCACGUCAAACAACGAGAAUCGUAUCGAAACUGCGUAAAACGCGUCGGCAAAAAAUGCGAAACGAUCACGAAAACAUUCGUCACUACAAUAGAGAAGCAAAGGGAAGAUGUGACGUCGUUCAAUGAGGCUACCGUGUGCAAUAUUGCAGCGUUAAAAAUGGAUCCAUUAAAAUUAAUCAAGAUCAUUGCGAUGGAAGACGCAUCAUUGAGUUUCGCUCUGCCCGGUUUCUUAAGAUUAUUAAACGCAUGUUCCAGAUACUGUGAUGAGUCUCCAAAUACAACAGCACUUAAAAAGCCACUCCGACACAUGACAGACCAAGACCUCGUCGUAAAGCAUUUUCUAACCAAAAAGACAUACAUUCAACUCAUAAAAGGGACAGAAUAA